AUGUCUGAUCAAGACAAUCAACAUGCUAAAUACAGUGAAUUACUAAGUAUAAAUAAAUACUGCAUCAAUGCAUAUAUCGCGUUAUAUCAGCUGAAAACGGAAAAAGAAGAAGAAUUAGACUCUAUUUACAAAAUGAUCAAAACAGAAUUGAUCGAAUCAAAGAAAUAUCCACCCAGAAAUAUUAUAAAAGAUAUUUUAGAUAUUAUUCUGUAUAAUAAUCGCUAUACAAAAUCAUAUUUAACUCUUGCCAAACUUAUAUCUGAUGAUUAUAAUGUCACAGAUGUCUUCAAUGUAGAAGAUAUUUCAAACUUCCUGUUUUAUAAAGAAUAUGGAAUUAAAUUAAAAAAAUCUGCUGAUUUCGAAAAAAUUGAAUCAGAAAAUCUCAAUUUUCUUACAGAAAAUACAAUUUACAGAGCAAUUAUGUACAAUGACAAAGAAAAAUUCAUAAAAUUCAUUGGAAUAGACGGAUUUGAUAAAAAUCAAAUACUUAAAAGCAAACUAUAUUCAAUUUAUUCUGAUGGAUUAACAUUACUUGAAUUCUGUUGUUACUAUGGAGCAGUUGAUUGUUUCAAGUUGUUGAGAACUGAUUUCAAGUCAGAAAUAACAAAAACAUGUCUAAAAUUUUCAUUUUUAGGAGGAAAUCCGGAGAUCAUGAGUGAAUGUUUGAAAUAUCAAACACCAGAUAAAGAAUGUAUGAAGUAUGCAAUUAUUUCACAUAACAUUGAUUUUGUUACAUUCUUGAUGUAUGAAUAUAAUAUAGAGAUCAAUUUAAAAUUUUGCGAAGAUUACAAAAUUCUUGAAUCAUUUUUAGUUUAUUUCGAUUAA